AUGGUUGUCUUCAGCAAAUUCACGGCCGUCUUGGCCAGCCUGGCAGCUGUCUCAUCGGCCAUGCCCACAGGUGGCUCACCCAAAGCCGAGUCUCCCAAGACCCGGUUCUCCAUCAAGCAGACGGCUCGUCCGGCCUCCAAGCCCAAGACCGUCAACUUGCCGGCCAUGUAUGCCGCUACCAUCGCCAAGUAUGGUGGUAAGGUCCCCGACAGUGUCAAGGCAGCCGCCUCCCGGGGCUCUGCCAUCACCACUCCUACCAACAACGACGAGGAGUACCUGACUCCCGUCACUGUCGGUGGCUCAACUCUCAACCUGGACUUUGACACCGGCUCCGCGGAUCUGUGGGUGUUCUCAUCAGAAUUACCCUCAUCUGAGUCCCAGGGCCACGAUCUCUACAGCCCCAGCCCCAAUGCCCAAAAGCUCUCCGGCUACAGCUGGUCAAUCUCUUAUGGUGACGGAAGUAACGCUAGCGGUGAUGUCUACGAGGAUACCGUCAGCGUUGGUGGCGUGACCGCUUCCCGACAGGCCGUCGAGGCAGCCCAGUCUGUCAGCCAGCAGUUCGUCAGCAACGUAGGCAACGACGGUCUCUUGGGAUUGGCCUUCAGCUCCAUCAACACGGUCCAGCCGCAGGCACAGACUACUUUCUUCGACACCGUGCAGUCUCAGCUGGACUCUCCCCUGUUCGCCGUGACUCUGAAGCACAAUGCUCCCGGCACUUACGACUUUGGUUUCAUCGACAGCUCCAAGUAUACCGGCCAGUUGGCCUUUACUCCCGUCGACAACUCCCAGGGCUUCUGGUCCUUCAAUGCGGACGGUUACUCUGUCGGCUAUGUUCAGGGCGCUGGCAUCACCGGUAUUGCUGACACCGGUACCACUCUCCUGCUCCUCGAUGACAGCGUGGUCUACGACUACUACAGCCAGGUCUCGGGUGCUCAGUCCGACUCCUCCGCCGGCGGUAUCACCAUUCCUUGCGAUGCGCAGCUGCCCGACUUUGUUGUCACCAUCAAUGGCUACGAUGCUGUUGUUCCGGGCUCCUUGAUCAACUACGCCCCUCUGUCCGGCAACACCUGCUUCGGAGGUAUCCAGAGCAACUCUGGAAUUGGCUUCUCCAUCUUCGGUGAUAUCUUCCUUAAGAGUCAGUACGUCGUGUUUGACGCCAGCGGCCCUCAGCUCGGCUUUGCUGCUCAGGCAUAG